GGCGACCAAACUCACGUACUGAUGUGAGAGGCAAACCAGGCCUUGAACCGCAAUAUCUAAGGGUGACAAAAUGAUGAUGAUGGUAAUAGCGGCAGAAUGUUGACACUGGUCAUGUUGAAGAACAAAACCCACAACACGCUAUGCUUACGCAUUGAUGAUGCUGAUGCUACUGCUGCUGUUGAUGAUGAUGAUAAUGAUGUCGAUGAUACUGACUAUAACGACGGUAUUGGUGAUGAUGAUGAUGACGAUGAUGAUGAUGGUGAUGAUACUGAUUUUGAAGAUGAUGAUGAUGAUGAUGAUGAUGAUGAUGAUGAUGAUGACGACGACGACGCACAUCGCCCUGUGAUCACGAAAGGAUGAUGGUGAUGAUAAAUCACCUCCUGUUGA